AUGCCGCAGUGCGGCCACGGGUUCCACGUCGACUGCGUCGACACCUGGCUGCGCUCCAACUCCUCCUGCCCGUCCUGCCGCCGCCCCAUCGUCCUCGACGACCCCGCGCCGCCCAAGCGGUGCCGCAAGUGCGAGGAGACCAUCCUGGAGGCGGUCAUCGCCUCGUCGUCGUCGGCCGGCGGCAGCCGCGGCGGCGGCCGUGGGGGAUUCUUGCCGUAG